GGAAGUUCUUUUAGAAAUCUUAAUGUUUAAAUGAGCCAGCUGGCUCUUCUUUAUUGGAGGGCCACUAAUUGGAACGCAUAAAACGCGGAACACCUGAUUCCACUCCCCCUCUAACCCACACAAAUUCUGUUUUGCUCUUUUUUAUAUGAUUUUUCCUUUUUUUUUUUUUUUUGGUUAAAAAUGGCGAACAACAACGAAAGAUUGUUAGGAACGGUGAAAUGGUUCGAUUCUCAGAAGGGUUACGGCUUCAUAAUCCCUUCCAAUGGCGGCCAAGACUUGUUCCUUCACCGCUCCGGAAUCCGAUCCCGCCGCGCCGACGGUCGUGGUGGUGGUUUUCGAACCCUCGUUCACGGUGAGACUGUAGAGUUUCUGAUUCGUCCACAUAAAAAAAAUCGUACCAAGGCCGUAGAUGUUACCGGACCUAACCAGGGACCUCUUCAGGGACGACCUUCUCGUGGCGGCGGUGAUAGAGGAGGACGACGAUCUCGCGGCUGUUAUGGUCAAGGCGGUAGAGGAAGAGGAGGAGGAGGAUAUCGAGGCGGUUAUGGCGAAGGCAGUAGUGGCGGUUGUAUUCAUUGCGGUGAUGUUGAUUGUAUGGCCUUAGAUUGGUUCCAGAGAUGCUAUGGUGGUAGAGGAGGAGGAGGAGGAGGAUUUCGCGGCGGUUAUGUAAGUGGUCGCAUGGCUAGAGAUUUGUUCGAGAGAAGUAGCGGUUAUGGCGGAGGAAGGUACGGUGGCCGCGGAAACUGCUUCAACAAUGGAGGUCGUAGCAAACGAAGUAAUCGUCGGGAAAUGGCGGCUUCUUCGUCAUCGACUAAGCCAACUCCGCCUGGAGAAAUACGGAACUGGCUGGACUUGCCGCGAGAUGUGACGGCGUCGAUUCUCUCUCGUCUUGGAGCGAUUGAGAUAAUGACGAGUGCUCAGAUGGUUUGCAAGAUGUGGCUUGAUAUCUGUAAGGAUCCUCUCAUGUGGCGAACCAUUGAUAUGAGGAACCUCGGCGAUCCUGGCUAUGGGUUGGACUUUAUAAAGAUGUGCAGUAAUGUCAUCGACCGAAGCUGCGGCCAACUCGUUGAUCUCAACAUUGAGUACUUUGGAACUGAUGGACUGCUUCUCCAUGCCGUUACUAGUUCCAAACUGAUCAAACGCCUUCGAUUUGCUUGUUGCUAUGAUGUUUCUGAUGAGGGAUUGAUUGAGGCUAUUGAAAAUCUUCCACUGCUGGAGGAGCUUGAUCUGACACUAUGCUCAUUAUCAGAAACUUUUAUCGAAGCAUUGGGACGCUGUUGCCCUCAAUUUAAAACCUUGAAACUGAACCACCAAGCUUAUAAAUACCCAGACAUGGAUUCUGAUGAGGAGAAUGAGUUCAAUGCAUAUGAGAUUGAAAUUGGUAAAAACUUGCCGGGGUUACGCCACUUGCAACUUAUUGGAAGCAGUAUGACUAACAUGGGCUUACAAGCCAUUCUUGAUGGUUGCCGCAACCUCGAAUCACUUGACUUGCGCCGAUGUCUGAAUAUCGACUUGAAGGGAAAUUUGGGGAAAAGGUGUGGUGAGCAAAUUAAACUUGUUAAACUACCUCAUGAUUCACUCAAGGGCUAUGGAUUUAUUGCUGAUCCUUAUAUGGCUGAUCCUAAUGUGUUCUUUGGAAGGGAAGACUUUGAUUUUCCGGGUGGUGCUAAUUCUGCUUGGCUUUUCAGGGAUUACUUUGGUUAUGGAUACUCAAGUGAAGAAUUGGAUUAUGAUGAUUUUACUAGGAUUAAUUACUAUGAAGAAUUAGAAUUAGAUGAUAUCUUUAAUGAUGAUGAUGAUGGUUUCUUCUUUUGAAAUCAUGAUCAUCAUAUGGGGGGAGAGAUGACUAUACGAGGAUAUACUAUCUGUGUUUAGCCUUUCGUUCUGGUCAGUUUAUCUCUUUUGUUAGUACAUAUUUGAAGGUAGUUUGGAAUUUGACAAAUGAGUUAGUAAUUACAUAGUUUCACAAA